AUGGUCUGGCCCGGCCAAAACCAAAACCAAAACCCCAUUGUUGAAUCAUCAAACGCAACUGUAACUGCAUCUUCGCCUUCGCAUUCGUCUUCGUCCUUGUUUGAACCGCGUCCUCGUCCGUCUAUUGCUCGUCCUUAUCGCAUUGCGUCUCCUCCUGUUCUUCGCGCCUCUUUUAAUAGUCCUCCCAGCGGACCAGACUGGAAUCACCAUCGCCAGCAACAGUCGUUCGACCUCGUCCUUUACGAUCCUUACAAUCUUCCGCCACAGGAUGUCUCCGCCGCUGCCUCUCAAUCUACCUCGUCGUUGCCUUCGACGGCUCCCCCUCACGGCUUCACCACCAUGCCGGGGUCCUUCUACUCCAACCCCGAUUCUCGCUCCAGCUCGCCAUUUUCCGAUGACGAAGAAGACAUGUUCCGCCUCGCUCACGAUAUCUCUCCAUCGUGGCAAUCCAAUAACCCUUACAACUCCCACUUCUCGCUGCCAUCUCCUCGGGAUGCACCUCGCAUCUCCCCCUAUCAACCUAUCCCUUCCGCCCAACCUCGUUCCAUCUACGCCCCCUCAUCAUCUGCUUCUCCCCCUCCAUUCACAAACAUGACCUACUCCACACAAGCCGCAGACUCCCUCCCCUCACCACCGAGCUCCCAGCGCGAACGCCCUGCUUCCCCCUUCUCCGUUGCGGAUUCUCUGCCCACGCUCCUCCAGGAUGAUUCACAUCAGCUCGCUUCUCCGCCAAUGAGCCCGAUACGACGACCUCAAGUCAGGAGCCGCGGUAGCUAUGUGAGGGACGCGGAGGAUAAUAAUGCCCUGGCGCUCAAUGCGGUGCUAGAUGGUAUUGGAAGGAUGCAAGUCGACAUGAAUCUGGACCAGGCGGGAAGAUGGAGGAUAGCACGUCAGAGGGACUCUGACUCUUCUUGGUAG